AUGUUUGAAUUAGUGAAACAUAACGAAAGUAUCGUGGAUAGGACAAUGAGGGAGAUAGGGUCGGAUUCGUUCGUGUGUAGGGUCCAGUAUCUGAAUGAUUUAGACCCUUUAAUAGAAAAUAAUGUGAGAGAACCUCCGAGGCCCUUGUAUCACACGUUCAAUACUACGAUUCCACUGUCAUACCAAAUAGCAGCUGUGCAUCGAUUACUGCAAGCACCACACCGGUUGGACGAUGCCACGUUACAAGUGUUUAAGGACGGCGACUACGGACCCUACUUAGAUUUGGACUCAACUCUCGGCGAACAGGAUGAAGAGCUUGAGGGGCUGCAGGACAGAAAAACAAAUCGACUUUUCGAACGGUGUGAAACACAUCCUGUGUACGCGAAUCGUUACUGGACGCUCGAAGAAGAACGAGAUUGUGAUAGUUUCGCAUUCUGCUGCUCUGUGGUCAUGAAUAGAGAGGCGUCGGUGGACUCCGGCUUAGCGGACUCCUGCCAUGACAUAUCAGACACGACCGUUUCCACUUUGGAGUCAGGAGAUGAACUAGAUGAGGAUUUCCAGGACGCGUGCGAUCACUUCGACGACCGCAAAAAUGCCUUGGUACUGCGCACCCAACUAUCGGUACGCGUCCAUGCUAUCAUCGAGAAGCUGUUACACUCUCAAGGGAGAGAGCUCAGACGAGCCCUUUUCACACUCAAACAAAUUCUACAACAAGACAAAGACCUGGUGCAUGAAUUUGUUGCCAACAAGGGACUCGACUGCCUCAUGCAGGUUGCGAACAUGGCUGACCAUAAUUAUCUCGAUUACAUACUAAGAGCACUUGGUCAGAUCUUACUCUACGUCGAUGGGAUGCACGGAGUUAUGAGUCACAAGAGAUGUGUACAGUGGCUGUACUCACUUAUAUCCAGUCGUUUCCGCCAUAUUGUUAAAACAGCCCUAAAAUUACUUCUAGUCUUCGUCGAAUACACUGAUAAGAACUGUCUAAUUCUAAUUGACGCCAUAAACUCUGUGGACAACACCAAUGGCCGCCCACCUUGGUUCAAUGUCAUGAAAAUUCUUCAAGAUUUCGAUGCUUCAGACACCGAACUCCUUAUCUAUGCUACAACAUUAAUAAACAGGUGUCUCAACAACGUGCCGGAUCGUAACACAUACUACGACCAGAUAGACGCUCUCCAGGACCAGGGCAUUGAUGAUAUCAUACAACUGUAUAUGUCCAAACAAGGAACGGACUUAGAUCUGUUGAGGCAGUUACAGAUAUUCGAAGCAGUUCUCUUAUAUGAAGAUGGAGAUGAAACUGGGACGGCUCUUAAGCAACUAGACGAGUCAGUGAUAUCUUCUGUGAGAAGAAGAAGUUUGAACCUGAAGCCAUCAGAACGGCGGAAGUCCAAGAAACAGGAGGUGAAAGAGAAAGCACAGUCACCAGUCAUCAAUGAACCUGAAAAAAUAACCAGCCCUCGACCAUCAUUUCUGCCCUCCAUAAUGGAUGCCAAGGAAAAUAAAGAGUUAAGCUCUGCUCUGAAGCGACGGAGGGAUAGAUACGCCCGACAAGCUCACCAUAUUAUACAGCAGCAGGAACUGCUCAACAACUCCCAUGGCAUCUACAAUGGGCUAUUUGAGAAAAACGAUCAAUGGACGAACAAAACUUAUAACGGCACCUAUAAUGCUGCCAACAAAUACGUCACAAAUGGUACCAACGGUACCAUCACAUACAACACCAAUGAUACAAACGGCCAAGAAGAAGAGAAAUACACGAGAAAAUCUAACCUACCGGACGUUUUGAUGAAUGGAAACCAAAGAUAUACAGCUGGGUUGAAACAAAGAAUGCAAAAUGGGACGUUAGGUCACAGUGUGAACCCAACGGACGCUUUAUCUAUUGUCAGACAGCUAGAUUUUUCAUCCGAUCCUAAAGAUGAUAGGGAGAUAUUAUUGAACCGAGAGCACAGUAUUAAAGACUUAGCUCAGAGGCUCACAAGUGCCGUCAGUCCCACGACUGAGGAAAAACCUUUAAGAGUCUCAGAAAUGGCAGGGAUCGUGUCUAAAGCCAAAGAAGAAUUAGCCAAAUCAAAAUCUAAAGAAAUAAUUAAGAGUCCAACCAUAGAGAAGAGCUCAAAGAUACUCGAAAUAAAAGUAUCUGAGAACGACUUACACUGGGAACAGCUCAAGAAGGGUUGUAAUAACCGCGAAUUCCACUUGUGUGACCUGGACUUUUCUGACUUAAGAUAUGACUCAGAUGACGAAACUGAGUCACCUACCCCUAACUCUGCACCACCCCCUCCCCCUAACUUACCCCCACCACCCCCUAACAUGUUGCCCCCUGUAGGGCUACCCCCUCCACCACCGAACAGCUUCUUUAGCUUACCCAAAAACUUUCCUUCAAUGGCCUCAUCAGAAUCAACCACAGAUGGGAAUUCGACUUUGAAGAAAAAUAAGAAAACAGUUAAAUUAUUCUGGCGUGAAAUACCAGAGAACCCAGUCCCGCCACCGAUCAGGCCGAAAGUUGGUGGAUUUAUUUGGGACGAUCUGCCUGAAGUGAGCCUCGAUACAAACAUGCUGGAACACCUCUUCGAGUCUAGAACUAAUGAUUUAAUUAUUAAGAAGCUAAUGGAACCAAAAAGAAACUUAAUAUUGGACACCAAACGUUCCAACGCGAUAAGUAUUGCCAUGAAAAAGCUUCCGACGCCACAAACUAUAAAAGUAGCUAUAAUGAAAAUGGACGCCACCGUCAUAGGGAGGGAGGGCAUAGAGAAGCUGUUGACGAUGUUGCCGACGCACGAGGAGAAGGUGAAAAUACAAGAGGCACAGUUUGCGAAUCCGGACCUGCCAUUGGGGAGUGCAGAGCAGUUUCUUUUAACUUUGGCAUCAAUCAACGAGCUCUCGUCGCGACUUAAGCUUUGGGUCUUCAAACUAGAUUUUGAUAAUCUUGAGAAAGAGAUAGCAGAACCCCUAAUGGACCUGAAGCAAGGAAUCGAACUGCUUAAAGCCAAUAAGACUUUUAAAGUGAUUCUCUCCACUCUUCGCUCUGUGGGUUCCUUCCUCAACGGGACCCAGGUGAAAGGGUUCAGAUUGGAGUACUUGUCCAAAGUGAUGGAAGUCAAGGACACGGUACACAAACAUCCUCUCCUGUAUCAUAUUUGCGAAAUGAUCAUAGAAAAGUUCCCGGAUACAACGGAUUUCUUUAGCGAAGUGGGUCCAGUGAUCAGAGCGUCCAAAGUAGACUUCGAGGUCUUAAGUUCAAAUCUGCUAAAACUUGAGGCAGAUUGCAAAGCGUCGUGGGACCACAUGAAGCGGGUCGCCAAGCACGACGGCUCGCAGAUGUUCAAAACUAAGAUAAACGAGUUCCUCACGGAUGCUGCGGAGAGGAUCAUUCUUCUCAGCAUCGUUAAGAAGAGGGUGAUGAACAGAUACAUCAAGUUCCUCCUAUACCUUGGAGUGCCAGCGAGUGAUGUGCAGAAGACCAGACCCUCGGAUCUUCUGAAGGUGAUAGCUGAGUUCGCUCUGGAGUACAGGACCACCCGGGAGAGGGUGCUCCAGCAGCUGGAGAAGAGGGCUAACCAUCGGGAACGGAAUAAGACAAGGGGGAAGAUGAUUAUUGAUGUGGGUAACUACGCGUCGAAGGGCGAGCACACUGCCGACAGCGCGCUGAAGGAGCUGCUCAAAAGCGACGCGGACACCGACCUGCUCGCCGACGCGCGCCGCAAGCCCGCCAGGCUGCUCAACGGCGAGCCGUCCGCGGAGGACGAGAUCAUAGAGAGCCUCGUGCGCUCCGCCACCAGCACGCGCCGCGCGCACCGCGACCGCCGCCGCGUGCGACUCGCCGACUCCAAGACCUUUAACAGAACGUUGGACGGACGCCAGUCCUGGCCCUUGAAGCAAAACAACGAAGGGUCCGCGGCGGCCGUACAGCAA